ACAAACAUGGCCGCCACGCAGCAGAAAGACAUGAGUUCGUCAAACAUGGAUGAAAAAGAGACCAACGCGGUGGAAAUAGACGGCAUUUCCUCCAUUAAUCACGACGAGCAACCCGAAAAGAAAGAAAUACCCACCGACGACCAAGAAACAGCGGCCCCCUUUAAAAAACCAGCGUUCUUCGCGGUGCCUUCUCUUGCUCGCAAACGCAGUCUAAACGCUGCUUCUCCAUCCAAACCAGAAGCUGAGACAAGAACCAAGGAAGAACUCGGCGACGCUCCAGUUGUUAACCCUAAUUGUGAGUUAUCAGCGGGUGAUAACACAACGCCACAAGAUAAUAUAAACACCGAUAAACAUGGAGACCUUUCUCCGGUGAAGGUGAAAGCAGAAGCUAAACAGAAAACAUGCCAGGUACCGCCUGCUGGCAACAUCCCUCCCGUGCCGUACGCAGAGCCGCAGUGGGCCGGCCCGCCACCAGACGACGCGUAUGCUCUUGAAAUUCUAAAAAACGGCACCAUAGUAGACCGGGUGCCCCUCACGCUGAAAAGUUACUUUGUGGUUGGACGUUUACCGGUGUGCGACGUCUCUCUGGAGCAUCCUUCUAUCUCCAGGUACCAUGCUGUCAUUCAAUACCGCCAGCAGCCCGGCGAGACGGGAUGUGUGGGUGAGGAACCCGGCUUCUACGUCCACGACCUCAGCAGCACGCACGGUACUGUCGUCAACAAGAAUAAGAUUCCUCCUAAGACGUACAUCAGACUCCGUGUUGGACAUGUCCUCAAGUUUGGAGGCAGCACAAGACUUUUCAUCCUCCAGGGUCCAGAAUUCGACGAGGAAGAAGAGUCUGAACUAACAGUGACAGAGCUGAGGGAGCAAUCUAGGAAACAGAAGGCUGAGCUUGAAAAGAGAAUGGUAGGAGAGGGAUCUGAGGAAGAGGAGCGGGAGGAGAAAGUUGAAGGCGAAGGUGACAAGAGGAAACUGUCGAGUGAAGAAUCUGGAUGUUCAUGGGGAAUGGCUGAGGAGCCUGUUCCAGAGGAAGAUGAGAAUGAGGAAAACCCUUUCUCAACCGAGUUCCAUGAAGACCAGGAAGCUGCAUACUUAAAGGACCCUAAGAAGGCUUUGCAGGGAUUUUAUGACAGGGAAGGGGAAGAGCUGGAGAUUGAGUAUGAAGAUCAAAAUCAUGGCACCUGGCUCUGCAGAAUAAAGCUGCCAGUGGACGACGCCCUGGGCCGACAGCUUGUUGCCGAGGUGACCCACACGGGCAAGAAGAAAGAAGCAAUGGUCCAGUGUUGUCUUGAAUCCUGCAGGAUGCUUGAGGCUAGAGGAUUGCUGCGCCAGGAAGCAGUUUCCCGCAAGCGCAAGAAAAAGAACUGGGAAGAUGAAGAUUACUACGACAGCGACGAUGACACCUUCCUGGAUCGGACUGGCACCGUUGAGAAGAAGAGGCAAGAGAGAAUGAAGAAAGCAGGAAAGAUUCAACAGCGAACCGAGACUUAUGAAUCAUUGAUUGCCAAGCUGUCUGAGGUGGAGAAGGAGGUGGCAGAGACACAGAAAAAGCUUGGCACGGGUGGAAAAGAUGCCUCCAGCUCUUCCAACGAUGACACAUUGGAUGCGUUCAUGACUGCUGUGCGCAGCGAGGCAGCCAUGGAUGCCGUGGAGCGCAGGAAGCUUCACGUACACGUUGCACACCUGCGCAAAGACGCCCAGCGGCUCCGCAAACUGGUGGAACUCACACGGCCCACACAGCUGCCCUCACUGCUCCCCAGUUCGAGCGGCUCAGAAUCCGAGAAACCAAAGAAGGCCUUGCCCCUUUUUGGUGCCAUGAAGGGAGGAAGAAAGUUUAAGCUGAAGACUGGCACACUUGGGAAGUUGCCUCCUAAGCAGCCCAGCUUGCCUCCCGAACUCUUCAUCAUGAAGGAACUUCCCCCUGGAGGAGAGGAAGAGGAGGAGGAGGAGGAAAAAGAUACAGUGUCCGAAAAAACUGUUGACCCUGAAGAGUCGACCAACGUCAUAUCCCAAGAGACUUCAGGACAGGAAGCAGAGGAAUUAUUGCCACCAAAAGAGCCAAGUCCCAAAAAGAGGACAGCUAAGCCAUGUGUGGACGCUGACCCGCCGACGCCUCAGAACACAAAACCCAGUUCUAACCCACCAGCUGCUGAAUCCAGAGCCAAGGGUGAUGAGGAGCCUAGUCUGAGAAAGAGAAAGAAAGUGAUGCCGCCAGUGCAGCUCUCAGGCCAGUACCCUCAAGACGACCCUGAUUAUUGUGUCUGGAUGCCGCCCACAGGUCAAACUGGAGAUGGCCGCACCCACCUUAAUGACAAGUAUGGCUACUAAGGGAAUAGACGUCCAUCCUCCACACUCCCGCUGCAUUACUCAGCAAGGCACUUGGAUUGUACUUUGGUGAUAUCGUCUGAGGAAGCACAACUGAUAUCAAGACACGCCCACUGACCCCUUUCACCCCAGCACACAACAGUCCCACUCUUGUCUUUUUCCAAGCAGAAAACACACAAAAUGGUGGCGCAAGAUCGAACUGAUGUGAAUUCAGCUUUUUUUCCUCCCCAACGUUUUUAGUCUCUGGCGGCUCUUCUUACACUUCAAACCACCUGACAUCCAAUCUGUAUCCCUCCCCUCUUUGGCUCCACUUGAUCACAGUCAUUACUCCCCUCCCUCCAAAAGGAGAGUGUACAGCAGGGAGGGAGCGCAGGGAAGCAGCUUUUCUGACCAUCUGGACACUUGGAUGGCUUACUGAAUGAAACACAAGCUGAUAAUGACUCAAGCUACAGUAAGCAGAGUUGUGUGUCAGCGCACACACCUUUUCCAAGUUCU